CCAUAUACCUCAUCUCCAAGUAGUCUCGCUGAUUCGAAAAACAAUCGUCUAGUGCAGUUUUACAAGCCAUCAUGGGUUUGUGUGUCAACGUUAUUGCUCUCUUCGCGACUGUUUUCUGUUUCUCUAUACGGGCAGCUAAGUUACCUAGUGCAUUUGGACGAUGCAGUGUGAAAGAUCCAGAAAUAGAUGAAUGUUUGAGAAAAAACGUAGAGGGGGCUAUCCACUUUCUGAAAGCCGGAUCUCCAGAACUUGGAUUCGACACAUUUGAUCCCCUUCACAUCCCCGAAUUGGUCAUAGGUGAAGGAAAAGGUCCUGUGAAUGUAGUUCAACAUUUCAGAGACGUCGAUCUUUAUGGACUGACGGAAUCCAUAGUACACGAGGUUCACAUGGACCAAGACAAAAAAAUGAUGACGGCACGAUCAACAACCCCAGAACUGAGAUUACAGGGUAAAUAUACUGUGAAAGGAAAAGUACUUCUGCUGCCAAUUGUAGGUGAUGGACUAUUCAAUGUCACUUUGAUUAAUACCAAAAUCAACCACACCAUAAUGGCAGAAAGUUUCGAAAAGAAGGGCAAUAACUAUUGGAAAAUCAAGAGCUACACUGUAACUCUACGUCCCGAGAGAAUGCUCUACAAAUUCGAUAACCUCUUCGAUGGCGAUGAAAGGUUAGGAGCGGAACUCAACAAAGUUCUCAACGAAAACUGGGACGCGGUGUUCAAUGAUGUGCGAGAUGGAUAUGAAGAAAGCUUCGGAAUCAUCUUCCACGGGUUGGCCAACAGAGUAUUUACCAGAGUAGCCUUGAAAGAUAUAUUUUUAGAUUUUGAAUGAUUUGAUUCAAGCAUUGUAGUGGCUAUUUAGUGCGAUAUGAGUUUUAAAGUUCGGGAAGUUAACGAUGAAGCGAAUUUUGGAUUUGGAUUUAGGAUUUAGAAGUUACCACUAUCUUUUACCAGUUCACGUCUGUCAAUGGAAUGAAAACUUACCUACUCAUUUUUCAAAAACUGUAUGAAACAUAAUUUUUAUGAAAAAAUUGGAUAUUCUCUGUUUAGAAGUGCUAUAAGAUGUUCACUCUGUUAUUUCAAAUAACCAUGACUACCUUUAUGAAUAAACUUAUAUUUAGGAACA